AUGUACACUUGUGAAGAGGUUGGCACUACUGUCGAGAUUGCACAGGGUCUUGAAGCAUCCUCCAUGUGGUCACCUCCGAGUCAACUCUCGACCGAGCCUUGUGACGCAGAUGACCUUCUUGAGAGAAUAUCUCGCCCGACGAUGUGGCCGCUGAAUUUGCGGCUCUCAAAGGACGGAAAAGUUCCGAGCAUCGACGAACUUGGAGUUGAAGUGCUCGAGGGAAAUUGGACAGCAGAAGCAAGCCUGGCGUUUGUUCUGACUCACGCUGAGUCAAGAAUAUUCACAAUGACUCGGAGGAAAGGCAAUUCGUCGAGGGAUUCGACUCAACAAACCCACACAUCUAGCGAAGGAACGGCUCGUGAAAGUUCGCACCGACCCCGUAGCAGAGUCAAUCGGUUUCUGGAGAAGGUUAAGAGCGGCGUGAACAACGACAGCCCUAUUCCCCCAAAUGCCAAUCAUGAACGUGCUUCAUUGACCUCGGCGGCUCCGUCUCGUGUGCAAGUGGAGGCUGAAGCCCAAUCGGCACUUCAGGAUACUCGAGAGGCUGCAGAGGGCAUACAUUCACUUUCAGGACAUGCGACAACCGUGGUUUCUCUUGUUCAAGACGCACAAGAGGACCUCGAUGCUGCAGACAAGUUCCAGGAGACAUAUCUCAAACCCCUCAGGAUAUUCGAUGCUGUUAUCGGAGAGAUCGCGGAUGUGCAUCCAUAUGCAAAGAUGGCACUGGGCGUGUUGUCUUGUGCAGCUAAAAUUAUUCUAGUGCAAGUGAAUCGCGACAAAGCGGUACGCGAACUUCUCGAG